CCUCUCCUUGUCUCUCUCCCUCUCUGAAUUUCGGGGCUCAAUUCCUCUUCGCCAUUAGCCUCGCUGCACUGCACCGAAGCUCCCCGUCUCUCCGCUGACCAAAUCGAAAGGAAGCUUCUUUCUCUCCCGCAGCCAUUUUCGCUUGCAUCAAGAAGGAUUCCAGCACUCUGCCUUACUCCUUCAAAGCUGCGUGGGCUGGCGAAACAAAUUCGAACACGCUAUUUAAGCUUUUGAAGGUAACCACCCACGACUCAUCCCAUGAAUGUGCAGGAGAACACGAACAUUUUGAGUUCGGCGAGCACUGUCCAUUCACGCCGCAAUGCAUGGGCCUAGGUUUCGACUGUUUUUAGCUGACUUCUCUACGUUUACUUUCUCGGGGGGGCUCGCUUCUCUAGGAAUCUGUUUAGAUUUAGCUUGAGCUUCUUUCUGCUCGUCCUAGCUGGUGGAUUCUCAGCUAAGCAUUUUCCAUUACAAAAAAGCUAAAGCGCCAACAAACAAAAAGAAGCUCCAAUCCUGCUCUGCUUUUUAAUUGAAGAUUCAAAAAUGGCCAUUUGACGGUACUGCAUUAUUUCAAAGUGCACCCUACCUACUUACCUGCUCACCUCCUUUUUCAUGCGCCCGAACUGUUUCCAAAGUCCCGACUCGACAAUGCUUUAUCGGAAGACACUGUCCUCUUCCUCCCUUUAUUGAGGCUGGUGCGAGUGUAGGAGAAGCGGGAGCUGCAGAAAGCGUUCGUCUUUGGGCUUCAAGUCUGGUUUUUUCUGGGUUCUUCUUUCGCACAAGGACGGAAGAUGCAAGCUUUGGGCAUUUUGGCUUCGAUUUUUUAUCUGGGUCUUGUUGCAUUGCGGGCAAAUGCUGAGCCGGUUGAUGAUAAGCGAGCCCUGCUCGACUUUGUCAACAACCUGCCUCACUCUCGCAACCUCAACUGGAGCGAGGACUCCCCGGUAUGCGGCCACUGGGCAGGAGUCACCUGCAGCGGCGACGGCUCCCGAAUCGUGGCCGUCCGAUUGCCCGGCGUCGGCUUCCAGGGGCCGAUCCCGCCGAACACCCUCAGCCGCCUAUCGGCGUUGCAGAUUCUCAGCCUCAGAUCUAAUGGCAUUAGCGGGAGCUUCCCUACGGAUUUCGCGAAUUUGAGGAACUUGUCCUUUCUCUAUCUUCAGUUCAAUAAUUUCUCCGGGCCGUUGCCGGAGGAUUUCUCGGCGUGGAAGAACUUGACGAUUGUUAAUUUGUCCCACAAUGGGUUCAAUGGCAGCAUCCCCAGUUCAAUAUCCAGUUUGACUCGGCUGGAGGCUUUGAAUCUUGCAAGUAAUUUGCUCUCUGGUGAAAUUCCUGAUUUUCAGUUGCCCAAUUUGAAGUUGCUAAAUUUGUCCCACAAUAAUUUGAGUGGGAGUCUUCCUAAGUCACUUGAGCAUUUUCCAAGUUCAGCUUUUGUUGGCAACAAUGUUUCAUCGCAAAAUUCUACUUUUGAGCUCUCUCCUGCCAUCUCACCUGCUUCUGAGCCAAGAACCAGAAAUGGAGGGAAGCUUAGUGAGAGCGCGUUGUUAGGAAUUGUUAUUGCCGGUUGUGUGUUGGUUAUAUUGGCAUUUGGUGUUUUGAUGCUAUUUUACUGCUCGAAAGGAAGGAGAAGAGCAACUGAGGAUCGUUCCUUGGGGAAGUUACCGAAGGCAGAGAUGUCACCGGAUAAAGAGGCUUCAAGGAGUCAAGAAGCAAAUAACAAACUGGUGUUCUUUGAGGGGUGUAGCUAUGCGUUUGAUUUGGAGGACUUGUUGAGGGCUUCGGCCGAGGUGUUGGGUAAGGGGACAUUCGGCACGGCUUAUAAGGCGACCUUGGAAGAUGCAAACACCGUGGUUGUGAAGAGGUUGAAGGAGGUUGCAGUUGGUAAGCGGGAUUUUGAGCAGCACAUGGAGAUUGUUGGCGGAAUCAGGCACAAGAAUGUCGUGGAUUUGAAAGCUUAUUACUACUCCAAAGAAGAGAAGCUAAUUGUGCACGAUUACUACAGUCAAGGGAGUGUCUAUGCUAGGUUGCACGGUAAACGAGGGGAAGGAAGGAACCCUCUGGAUUGGGACACCCGCAUGAGAAUUGCCAUUGGUGCGGCAAGAGGGCUCUCUUAUAUCCAUCUCCAGAACAAUGGGAAGCUUGUUCAUGGCAACAUCAAAUCCUCGAAUAUUUUCCUCAACGCUGAAGGAUAUGGUUGCAUCUCUGACCUUGGACUAGCUACUGUAAUGAGUGGGCUGGCUGCACCUAUCUCUCGUGCCACGGGUUACCGUGCUCCGGAGGUCACAGACACCCGAAAAGCCACGCAACCUUCGGAUGUAUACAGCUUUGGUGUGGUGCUACUCGAGCUCUUGACAGGAAAGUCCCCAAUCCACGGUACUACUAGCGGUAGUGGUGGUGGUGGUGGGGACGAGAUCAUGCACUUGGUGAGGUGGGUCCACUCGGUCGUGCGAGAGGAGUGGACAGCAGAAGUGUUUGACAUAGAGCUAAUGAGGUACCCAAACAUAGAAGAAGAAAUGGUGGAGAUGCUGCAGAUAGCAAUGUCGUGUGUGGCAAGGUUGCCCGAUCAGAGGCCUAAAAUGCCUGAUCUAGUGAAAUUGAUUGAAAAUGUCAGGAGCAGCAGCCACACCCAGGAGAACAAAUCCGGGACUUCUUCGCCGCCACAACCGGCGGUUGGCACCGAGUCGUCAUCCUCAUUAUAGGACUUUUGAGUUGGUCUUUUUCUUUUUCUUUUUUGGCCCUUUUUCCCUUCAGGCGCUAUAGUUUGGUUUCUUGUUUUGCUGGCUUCAUUGGAAUUGUUUCUAUGUCAGCCACCAUAGUUGAGUUCAUACUUGUUUCAUAGUUUUUGUUCUUGAUGCCUGCGGUCGGAUCAAAUUCCCGCACUUUUGGCAAUGCAAAUGCAUCAUGGAUUGAGUCUACAGCAUGAAAUUCUCAAUGCUUCUUACUCUGAA